CCGAAACUGAGAACCGACGGUCUAAAGUCACGCUUCUCUCCCUACACACCAGACCCGGCUUCAUAUAGCAAGGUGAAUCAUGAGCAGCAGCUACAAUGUCUCACUGGCUGGCCCUGCUCCAUGGGGCUUCAGACUGCAAGGAGGGAAGGACUUCUGUCUUCCCCUGACUAUCUCACGGCUGACAGAUGGAGGCAAAGCAGCCAAAGCCAAGAUGAUCGUUGGAGACAUUAUUCUGACCAUUAAUGGCAUUUCCACAGACAGCAUGACUCACCUAGAGGCCCAGAACAAGAUUAAAGCCUGCACAGGCAAUCUCAGCCUCACUCUGCAGAGUCCCUCAAAUGCCCCUAAAAAUGGAGUGCCUAAGGACGAACCUCAAGAAAUCAUUAAGCCUGUCCCAAUCACUCACCCUGCCCCGAGCACCACAUACACCAAGCCAUCAAAUCCGCCUAAUAUUGCAUACAACAAGACAGCCCGGCCAUUUGGGGGGGACAGCAGUGCAGUGACAGCUUCUUCUUCUCCAGCUGCCCCCAAAGUAGCCUCCAUCCCCUCUGAAUCCUCUGCUUUCACACCAGCUGCCCCUUCUCAACCACCACAGCCUCCAUUUCCGCUGAAGUCAAGCUUCACUGCUUCAGACACAGCUCCAGCCAACUCGUUUCCCAGGUCUAGCCCUGCUCGUGCCGCCUUCACCUCCCCAUCUGCCUCUUCCUCCUCAUCUAACUCCUCCUCUCCAGCCAGAGUGACAGCCCCUUCCUCCCAACCCAAUGUCCCACAGUCCUCUGUCUAUAACACACCUAUCAACCUCUACUCCAAUGUCAAUGCCUGCGAGGUGGCUAUGGGACAGAGACGAGGUCUUUUGGAGAGCCAGGGGCUGUCAGAACAGUUCAAUGGGAAUCCUGGUAUGGAGCCAGAGGUGAACCACGUGUCCCCAGUCAGUGAUUCCAGCAAGAAGCGUCUGAUUGAGGACACAGAGGACUGGCACCCACGAACUGGCACCUCCCAGUCCCGCUCCUUCCGUAUCCUGGCCCAGCUCACUGGCACUGAGAAUGAGCAAGUUCCAGAGAACAGUGGAAAGAAUGAGGCAGUUGACAAAACCACUCCUGCUGUGCACACCUUGCCUGCAGCAAAAACAUAUUCCAAAUCUGCAGUGUCACCCAGGAAUGGCAACGUUGUCCCUUCUUCCAACUUCAAGAGCCCUGCAGCCCAGAACAAGCCACCCUUCCAGCUUGGAGGGCCAUCAGGCUUUCCUAAGGGUGGAGCAGCUCCUUCCUUUGGCAAAGUUGGCAGCACUGCUCCCAAAGGUCCAGAACGCCCCACCCCACAGCCACAUCCACAGGACCUUGACUCUCUGGUGCAGCGAGCUGAGCACAUCCCCGCUGGUACACGUACCCCGAUGUGCAACAAGUGCAACAAUGUCAUCAGGGGCCCGUUUCUCGUGGCCAUGGGCAUGGCAUGGCACCCCGAGGAAUUCAACUGUUCUCACUGCCACUCCUCCCUGACAGACCGUGGAUUUGUGGAGGAGAGGGGCCAGGUGUACUGCGUACAUUGCUAUGAGGAGUUCUUCGCUCCCACCUGUGCCCGCUGCCACCAGAAGAUUCUGGGAGAAAUCAUGAAUGCCUUGAAACAGACCUGGCAUGUCAACUGUUUUGUCUGUGUGGCCUGCCAACAGCCAAUUAGAGGCAACAUGUUUCAUAUGGAGGAUGGACAGCCAUACUGUGAAAAGGACUACUACAACAUGUUUGGGACAAACUGCCACGGCUGUGACUUCCCCAUUGAGGCAGGGGACAAGUUCCUGGAGGCUCUUGGAUUCACCUGGCAUGACACAUGCUUUGUGUGUGCGGUCUGCUCCACUGCUCUGCAGGGUCAAGCAUUCUUCUCCAAAAAAGACAAGCCUUUGUGCAAGAAACAUGCCCACACUGUCAACAUCUGACCUGCUCCUGCAUGUAUGAAUAUGAAUGGGAUAGGGCAACAAUGUCAGUUCAUGGCGAUUUAUAUUUCAGUCAGAUGUUAAAUAUUUUCACUUUUUGAAGCUGAUUUAUCUGUUUAUGUAUUCCAAUAGAAUAAGAUUGGGUCAGAGGUUCCACUGUAAGCUUUAUACUUGCUCUGUCAUUGUUUACUUUGCCAUUAUGUCAUGAAAGUACAAUUUAUGAGUUUUAGAGAUGAAUAUGGAUUUAAAUAGACUGUUACCCCUGUAACUCUGUGCAGGUGUAAGUGGAUUAUUAAUACAUGUGUGAUUAUGCUAGGAUUUGCUGGAGGUGUUUUGAGCUCUUGAAGGGUAUUUUUAUUUCACAUAGAAGAGGAUACUUUACUGCAAUGACCUACUGAGCCCCUCAGGGGUCAUACAUUAGAAAAAAAUACUGAAGUGGAUAUCUUUGCUACAUAUUAACAAAGCAAGCGCAGGGUUUAGAAAGCAUGAAUAUUUAAUUUAAGAGGGAAAAUUAUUUAUUUGUAAGCCAGAAUCACUUGUCAUCACACACAUUCUUCUGGCAACAAAUAGGCCUACAGAAUAAAAAUGGGACAUUUUAUUAUUAAUAUUAUUUUUUUUAAGUUUUUUAUUCCCACUAAUUGAAAGCACAUUUGUAAUGUGUAAAGCAGUGUUUAAAUCAGACACUUUACAGCUCCUCCUUCAUUGUUCAUGCAUAAAAAUGAUAUGAGAGGAUAAAGUUCAGUUGUGUUGUUAAUGUAUAUUUUGUUAUGCAUAUAGUUCAGGAGCAAAAUGCUUCAUGGGUUAUGCUUCCACUUAAUACCCACACUAAAUAAUACUUCUUUCAACUAGUUUCUUGCAUUAAAAUGCAGUUAAUUUAAGUGCUGUGUUGAUGGGAACUGAACCCUCCAUGGUGGCAGUGUUUAUGCCAUUUUCUAGCCAUCAGGGCUUUUGUCAUGUUGUAUUUGCUCUCAGUGAUAAUGUGUUUGAAAUGUUUUUGUUCUAUUAACAUGAAACCAUCUUAAUAUAUACUUACAGAAGCUGAGUUCUGCUGUCAGUUCUCAUGUGCCUUGCACAAUAUCUAGAAUAAAAAACCUUUUGGAAUUGUGUAAUGGAUGUUGUC